UCCAUUCAUACGCCCAGGCUUUUGGCUUUAUGUAGUUUUCAGCUCCACUUUGUGUAAACGCUUCAGUCAAUUUGGACUUAGUGUUAGCUUAAAAUAUUUCUCUGGCUAUUCCCGAGAGUUCUUCGCACUUUUCCAUUUUACUCACUAGAGAAACAUGAGCUUUUUGAAGUAGUAGGUAAAUUUAAAGUGCAGUCAGUAGGUGUUUUAAUUAAUGCGUCUGUCCCUGCGAUGGCAAAACCUUUAGAUCACAUCAAGAGACCUAUGAACGCCUUCAUGGUUUGGUCCAGAGGUCAGAGGAGGAAGAUGGCCCGGGAAAACCCGAAGAUGCACAACUCUGAAAUCAGCAAGAGACUCGGAGCGGAGUGGAAAAUGCUCUCCGACUCUGAGAAGCGUCCCUACAUCGACGAGGCCAAGAGACUGCGGGCUCAGCACAUGAAGGAGCACCCGGAUUACAAGUACAGACCCCGGCGCAAACCUAAGAGUCUCCUGAAGAGGGACCGGUUCGUUUUCCCGCUGCCGUCUUUACUCGGGGACGCAGCGGAACACUUGAAAGGAUUUUCCAUUGACUCUUUUCUCGUCCCCGGAGAUAAAGCCAGAGCUCUCCUGGCUCCCGCCUCCUCCGCUUCCUCAUUCUCUCUCCUGGAGCCGGUGGCACAUUUCAGCACCGGAGCUGUCCAGCGGAUGGCGGAGAUACCGCACGCUCUGACCGCAGGCGCCGUGCCCUACAGCGCGCACACCUUUGGAUACCAGACUGGAGGGUUUGGGGGUCUGCCCUGCCCCGCACAGCACACCCACACUCACCCAUCGCCUUCCGGCCCGGGAUACGUGAUGCCGUGUAACUGUGGCGCCUGGUCUGCAGCUAGUUUACAGCCCCAGGUGGCAUAUAUCCUCUUUCCUGGAGGGAUGACAAAGAGCGGCAUGGACUCGUACGCUUCACCCAGGUCCAGUGUGUGACAGACUGGAUACACAUAAAGACGCAUGGGCAGGAGGGGGAAUGUUUGCGCACAGAAAGAAGAAAGGGUCGUUUAGAGACUCAGGCUUACAUCUUAAAAUUACUCAGCAAGAUGACCACAUUUAAAUAUUAAAGUGUCAGCGCAGAUAUUUCAGUCAUGGAUUGAUAAAAAACAAACAAACAAACAAACAAAAAAACAAAAAAACAAAGCUAUAAAAGUCCCUGUAUUACUCCUUAUUCCAUGUAAAUAGAGUAAAAAAAGUAUUCAGAGAAGGGGAAGGGUGGUGAUGAUGCUAAUUUGUUACUCUUUUGUAAGAAAAAUCGUUUCAGUUUAAAUACAGUGGACAUGCAUAACAUAGGACCAACAUGUCGAAAGCUCAAGUUAUAGACUUGUCCCCUCCCACCUUUCCAAAAAAGUCAGGUUUUGUAUUUUUCAUUAGUUCUCACACUUGGACAGUUAUUCCACAGAAUAUCUGCUUCAUUAAGUGGGACUGUUUUUGUUUGAUUGAUUUAUUUGUACUCUGAAUUGGGAAUAAUAAAUGUUUUCAGAGGGACUGUCUAUAUUUGUAUGUUUAGAACUGCAUUAAGUCUGUGUUAAACCGGGUCAAGCAGUGGGUCAGUUGCUGUUUGAUGAAUAAUAUUAAGCAGAAUCUUGUAGUUGUAGUCACUGGGGGUGAUCCACAACCCUGUUAAUCAUAUUUUACAUCACACAUGAGCUGUAAUAAUUACUUCACUGCGAUUGUGUUAAGCUGGGGGAAAUUCGCGAUGUGUUUGCAUGACUGAGCGCUCUAACCACCUAUCUUCUGAUAAGCUGUUUUACAGACUUGCACUAAAGACAAACAGAUACUAAAAAAUCACAGACACUUCACAGCAACUGACAAACAUUGCAAACAUUACAAAAUUACAUUUUCCAGUCCAGUCAUGUUUGACUACCGCAUGACUCUGUGUGUGUAUGUGUGUGUGUGUUUAAGCAAAAGUGAGCCAGGGUGAUGAUAAGCGAAUAAUAGAAACUUAUCUCCUCUCCCGUUUGUUGACCAAGUGAUAAGCAGAAUCAUGGAAACUGUAUGAGGUACCAGUUUGUUUCACGUCUACAAUAUACAAGAAAGAGAACUCACAGUGAGCUUUGGUCUUGAUGUUCAAAAGCUCAGCAAGCAAAUCUCUUGUAUUUGGAAGUGUAAAUGGGAAAAAAAAAAACAAGGUGUCCUUUAUUGUCUAAAUGUGCAUUUG